UGGACAUUUCAAGUAUUCCGAAUUUUACCAGAACUUUUACGGAGUUUGGGACAGGUGUUACUCAGGAGAGUUCAUCCAAUUCUCUUUGAUUGUUGACCAUUAUAAGAGGACUGCAUUCGUCACGGAACACCGUGGAUUUAGACGGAGUUUUUGUGUCGAUUCCAGAAGUUUAAGAUUCCAGAUUCAUGUGCGUGGUGGUCUCGGUACUUUUGUGUGCCAGGAGAGUUGUUACUGGACACACUACGUAAAACAAUGUCUUCUGACUCACACUCAACUUCUCACGCCACGAGAAAGAAAAGGAAGAAAAAUCUGUCACGAGAGCAAACGAACAACAAACACCGACUAUCAACUUCAUCUAUCAAUCUAAUGGAUAUUCAUAUCUUAUGCAUUAUUUUACAACGCGGACAAAGGAAAUAAAAUGGCAGACAAAGAUGAUACGGAACGAAAGAAAUCUGGAAAGACAAAUACAAUGAAAGCAGGAUCGAAAACCGACGGUAGUAACGAGGACUCGAGUCGCAUUAACUCUGGAAAGUCAGGGAAAAGCAAUGUACUGUCAACACGAGGAGGGACUGGACGAGCAUCAGCUAGAUCUGGAGGAACUGCUACGGGUCACGUAGACAAGCAGCGUGUGGACUCUGGGAGGUCGGAUAGAACUUACAUAGUGGCGACACGAGAUGGGUCUGGGAGAUCAGGUAAAAGUAAUGUGCUGGCGACACGAGAUGGGUCUGGGAGGAUAUCAGCUAGAUCUGUCACAGGCAACGGAAGAGCAAGUGCAAGCAAAGAAGAAACAAAGAUAGAUGAAUCUCAAAUAUCAGAUACUAGCACAGGAAACGGAAAACGCGAAGGAUCCGGAAAAACAGGCGAGAACAACGCUCAGACAGGACAGAACGAGUCUGAACGAGCUGCUACUAGAAAUGAAGAUAUGGCCCGAGCAGGAUCAGGAAGGACAGUUUCAGUAAGAGAAGGGUCUAAAUCUCGAACGGAUGACACCAGCAAUGGAAACACCAAACGAGAAGGAUCGGGGAAAUCGUUAAAAAGCAAUAUACAUACGACAAGAAAUGGGUCUGGAAAAGAAACAAUUAGCAACAAAGACACAGUACGCGCAGGAUCGGGAAGAGCCAGCAAAAGCAAUGGUGACAUAGCUCAAGAGCAUGUGUCUGAGCAGAGAGCACGGGAUUCAGGGUCCAAUGACUCUGAAAAGGCAGAUACUACCAAAGGAAACAUGGAUCAGGAGAGGUUAGAAAGAGAAAACACAGGCAAUAGAGGUAAUGAGCAAGAUGGAACUGAACUGGAAAUGAACGAGAACAAGAGGGAGAAGAGUGGAAUGUCAGUAUCAGCCAAGGAGGAUAUCGCUAGAGAACAAUCAGCAAGAUCAGAUAAAAGCACUACGGGGAGUAAACGAUUUGGGCCUGGAAAGACAGAUGUUACCAAUGAAGAUACAGACCCUCGGAUGUCUGGAAAGUCAGGUAAGAUGGACAAAGAAGUGAAACAAGAAGGCUCUGGCAAGGAAAACGCUAAUAACAAAAGUAAUUCGAGAGAGACAUCUGGAAAGUUAGAAACAGGCAACAAAGUAAAAAGUGGUCAGAAGACGGAGAAUAAAGACGGUGAAACAAAAUCUGGCAACGUGGAAACUAAAAGUAAGGAAAGUAAGGAACAAGGCCUGGGAAGGGCAAACUCAGCAGAUUUAGCACUUGAAGAAUUAACAAGGUUGAACACUUUCACAGAAGAAGGUGAUAUUGACAAGAUUAACUUCUUCCGGAUAUGCAAGUGCUUAGUGGAACAUAUCCCAUUGAUAUUAGCAGAUAUUUUAGCUAUAUACGUUUCACCAAAGAAGCUUAGAUCUGCCAUUCAGAAGAAGAAGACUUUGCAGCUAAGUCACAAUCAAAACCACGUCAUCGAUGAAGGGAAGGUUCCAGAUUAUUCCAAGUUCGACAUAACCUUAUUUCACUUAUUGUUUUGCAACUUAUGCCCGAAAUGUCCAAAACCGUCCCAUGACUGGGGUGUAUAUCCAAAGGCUAGUGUGGAAGACACAGUUGGGGAUGAUAUAGAGCGAAUUCGGAAGCUUAAGAAUAAUGCCUACGGCCAUCUUGAUUAUUGCUUACUCCCAACCACGAAAUUCAAACGGAUGUGGGGGGACUUUGGCGAUUUGAUCAGUCGCCUAGAAAAGCUUGUGAAGCGCGCCACUUACAAGAAGGCAUUUGAUGAACUGGGAAACACCAGGAUAAAUCACUUGGUGGACGAGGAGCAUGUACGAACCCUGAAGGAAUGGAGGGAUAUGGAUACACAACUCGACAUCAAAACAGGAGAAACUCUGAAAGAACUUGAGCCAGAAUUCAGAAAGACUAGGAAAAGCAUUGACAAGAUGAAAAGGAAUAGAUGCAGUCAGCCAGGAAUUCUCUCCAAAAGUCGCAAUGAUCCUGACUCGAUAAAGUUCCAAAUGGAAUCCAUGGAGGAAAGUCUUCUCGACUCACGGAAGAAUGUGCGCCAAACUAAAUGGUCAAAGAAAGGACGCAUUCGACAUCUUAUUGCUCUGAGGAAUGAUAUCCAGAAAAUCCGAGAAACCACAAAAAUCAAUGUACAAAAACUGGACGGAAUGCGAGCUUACACCAAAGCGUUGCUAGGCGAUUUCGAGGAGUAUGUGAAACCAUCCUUAAUAGAAACUCAGAACUUCAAUAUGGCAAAACGGAUAUUUGCGGAUUUUGGUUUCGUAUUUCUAAUUGGACUUCCGGGUGAAGGUAAAACCAGCAUUGGAAUGGACUUACUUAAUCAGCCAUACCGAGACGAUUUGGAACAACCUAUACGACUGAUCCUCACGUCACCCAAACAGUUUACAGAAACCAUCGACCCCACCAGGAAAUACACUCUCUUCAUCGAUGACAUAUUUGGGAAGUUGUGUAAAGAUCAAUCGCUUAUCGAUGGUUGGACUGGUCUGUUAGAAAUGAUGAUGCCACUCUUCCACAAGAAACGGAUCCGCGUUAUAAUGACCAGUCGUCCUUACAUCUACAAGGACUGUUCAUCUUUGCCUGCCAUUCGCAAGCAUAUCCGUUCUCGAUUAGUAUUGAAUUUAAUGGAACGAGAUAAUAAACACGUUGCUCUUGAAAGAAGACAGAUUUUAGAAAUACAAACUAAAACCCAAAAAGCUCUAGUUCCAGAGGAGCUGGUGAGUAUCAUAUUGAAAUCAACUCCUGCUAACUUCGGAUUCCCUGUCUGCACAAGGCUCCUCCUCACAUCAAGAGUAAAACAAGCCUUCAAGACACCACGGCAGUAUUUCAUCGAAGAGUUCGACAAUCUGUUUAUGACAAACCACACAAAGUAUGUGGCGCUUGCGAUGGUGUUUCUAGUAUAUUCCGAUAUUGUUUACGAAAACCAGGAUCAUCCAAGACAACUCAGCGUACAGCUUAACCGUUUAUUCAAAGCAAAGGACUUGACCCCAAAGGCAAUCGAGAACGCACUGAAAAGUAUGGAAAACGUGUAUGUGUUUUAUUCUAAAGCUAAUAAGUGCUAUCAGUUUAUUCAUGAUGUUCUGCACGAAGCAAUGUGUCAGUCUUUGUCUAAACACUAUCCUCGAAAGUUGAUAGCGUCUUCGCCUUUGGUAUAUCUAAACUAUUUCUCGAUAACCAAGAACACACAACACCAGUAUGACAUGACACUAAACACGGAGAAGGAUACAGCCGUCCACUUUCCUGUCGUUCACCAAAUAGCCCUCAAGGAAAGAAUCGCACAAGAAUUAGCUACAAAACAGCCGGAAAACUUCAUGAAAGUAGCUGGAAUGAAAACUUGGCAGUUGGAUGAGGCUUCAAAUUUCCAGGAUGUAUUUCUUACUCGUGAUACGUCAGGGGUUCCUCUUCUUGUGUAUGCCGCAAUGGUUUCAAACGUCGAUCUAACGCAAGCCAUAUUGGAAACAAUUCCUAUACGUAGCGAUGAGAUGGCAGCGGAUAUCUAUAACGCCUUGGUAGAAUCAUGCAGACGUGGGAAUCAGAGGUGUUUCUUCUGUUUGCUUAAUGAAUGGAAAGGGAAAAUGAACUCUGAAAUGGCCCUUGCUGCUGCCGAAGGAGGUGACGUGGGUAUAUUGAAACACAUUAUGCAGCAGGUUGAUGUGGGAGUUCGUAAUAAAGAUGGCGAUACUUUACUCAUGAUAGCCGCAGAGAAGGGACAUCUAGCUUGUGCAAAACUUUUGACAGGCAUUGACGUAUCAAUAGUAAAAGAAACGGGAUCUAAAAAGGGAGGGGUGUUACAUUCCGCUGUACAAGGCCAGAAUGACGAUGUCAUAAACUGGCUGAUCAAGAGAGUCGCUGACGACUUGUCGGUAGAUGAAACGGACGAAUUAUUUGCGAAAAGGGACAGCAAUGGUCGAACGGUUCUACACACAGCUAUCUGUGAACAGAACAUUGGGAUAGCACAGGUGCUACUCGAGGUUUUUGACUUCAGUUACCUCAGCAUUACUGACAAUAACGGAGAAAAUGUUUGGCAUCUAGCGAACUAUAACGUAAAGAGGAGUUGGUAGUACAUGCUGAACAAUGUAUCGGAAAUCGUCACAUCAUCUGACGAUUCCGGAGGGACAGCUCUGCACCAUGCGGCUGCAGGAGGGAGCGUCAGAAUUUUCAAUGAAUUACUUCAAGCUGGCCUUUCGCCAUACGGAACAACAAACGACGGAAAUACAGUACUUCACAGGGCAGCACUUCAUUGCAGACUUGAAGCUGUCAAAUAUAUACUGCAUUCAAUACCGGACAUAACAAAGAAAAAGAACUCUUCAAAGUGGACUGCUCUCCAUUCCGCUGCAGCAGGCGGAAGUGUUGGAGUAUUCAAUGAACUUGUAAAAGCGAAGUUAGAUCCAUUUGAUCGAACAAAUGACGGAUGUACAGUGGUUCACAUUGCAGCACUAAAUAUUCACGAGGAAUUAAUAAGAUUUCUUGUUUCGAGUAGAGAGGAACUACUGUCCUUGACAAACGAUGAUGGAGAAACUGCACUGCAUUCUGCCGCAGUUGGUGGUGAUAUCAAUGUGUUCGAUGUACUAAUGAAUGCGGGCUUGUCCCCUACAGCUAAAACAAAAGACGGUAGAACUGUUUUGCAAAUAGCGGCGUACUUCGGACGAACAAAGCUCGUGAAACACAUCAUCGCUUCCCAGCCUGAUACGAUUAUGUUACGGGAUAUGUCAAUGCGAACAGCACUCCACUAUGCUGCCGUCGAUGGCAAUAUCCACAUGUUCACAGACCUUCUUAAUGCAGGGCUACAACCGAGGACUGUCACUGUGGAUAAAGUAUCCGUGUUGCAUAUAGCUGCAUACAACGGCAACAUUAACUUAGUCAGAUACUUAAAGAGGAACCAUUCAGAAAUCUUUCCACUGAAAGACGAUCAGGACCGUACAGCUCUACAUGCCGCGGCUGCUGGGGGCAAUGUUACGGUGUUCAUGGAGCUGUCUAGAGCCGAGUUAUCACCGACGUCGGUAACUAAAUCUGGUGCUACCUCCUUACACCUCGCUGCUUAUACGGGAAAAAUAGAACUCCUAAAAGAAAUCAUCGACAAGUUCUCUCACAUUGUACCUCUCGUUGAUAAUCAAGGAAAUACAGCUAUGCAUUUUGCAGCCGCAGGUGGACAUGUCAAUAUAUUACCGCAAUUAACAAAGGCAGGACUUUCUCCAACAUCUGUAACCAAUGAAGGGAGCACCAUUCUUCACCUUGCUGUUGGAAGUGGUCGAGUUGAAAUGGUGACUCACGUCAUCAAUAAUAUAACGGAAAUCAUUCCAACCGUGAAUAAGUAUGGAGAAACGGUGAUGCAUCACGCGGCAGCGGCAGGAACAGUAUACGUCUUCCACAAACUGACACAAGCCGAUCUUUCCCCGGAAGGAAAGACGAGAGACGGGCUAAGUGUUUUACAUGUAGCUUCAUUCAGUGGAAAGUUAGAAUUAGUCCGACACAUCAUCAGCAAUAUCGCAAACGUCGUAUCAGUGUCAGACGAUUCACACUGGACUGCAUUGCAUUCAGCUUCGGCAGGCGGACACGUCAAUACAUUCGCCGAACUGGUUCGUUCAGGAUUUUCGCCAAAAUCGGUCACUUCCGAUGAGUCCACUGUAUUGCAUUUAGCUGCAUUCAACGGAAAUGCUGACUUGUCAAUGUAUAUCAAAAGUAACAUACCCAAUAUUGUUCAGGCUUUGGAUAGCGAAGGAUGGAAUGCUUUGCAUGCAGCUGCUUCAUCUGGUAGCUUAGACACAUACAAGGAACUUGUACAAGCUGGACUAUCCCCUACGACCUCUACUAAAGGCGGCAGCUCAGUUUUACAUAUAUCAGCUUAUUACGGACACGCGGAUCUAGUUAAAUAUAUCAUCAAAACGACACCGCAAUUGGUUUCGCUGGUUGACAAAGCUGGUCGUACAGCAUUGCAUGAUGCUGCGGCCUCCGGAAACAUGGAUGUGUAUAAUGAACUGAUAAAUGCUGGAUUGUCACCAACGGAUUCCCCUCAUGACGGAACAACAGUAUUACAUAUUGCUGCAGAAAACUGCCACUCUGAUCUGGCGAGGCAUAUCAUCAUAAAAACACCAGAUAUCGUCUUGUACAUGGAUCGCACAGGUAAAACAGCACUUCACGCGGCUGCUGCUGGUGGUACCUGGGCCCUUUUUAAGAAAGUGUGCCAAUUUGGAAUUAGUCCUAAAUGUACAACCGACAACGGCAGCACUGUCCUUCAUAUCGCGGCAGAACACGGCAAUGUCCCUCUGGUCAAGACCCUUGUCCAAGGUAUAAGCGAAUUGGUUCAAAUCGUUGACGACGAAGGAAGAACGGCCAUGCAUUUCGCCGCAGCAGGUGGUAACGCUGACGUGUUUGAUUUGUUGCUAAAAGCAGGCCUAACUCCGGAACCAGCGCCAAAUUCCAGCAACACCGUUUUACAUGUAGCUGCAUAUAGGGCACACAUAGACUUAGUUCGAUACGUUAUUAGGAAUCUACCAGAGAUGGUUCCUCUUACAGACGAAUCAGGAUGGACCGCAUUACACUACGCCGCCGCAGCUGGGAAUAUGCAGGUUUUCUUCAUUCUACUCAAAGCUGGUCUGUCUCCAAGACAUGUCACACACGACGGUAGUACUGUUCUCCACAAGGCAGCAUUCUGUGGAAACCUCGAACUUGUCGAAUUUAUUCUUGAAGUUGUACCUGCAAUAAUCCCCAAGAGCGAUUCUUCAAACUGGACUGCGAUUCAUUCUGCUUCGGCUGGAGGAAGCGUUAAUAUAUUUACGACUCUGAUUGGGAUAGGCUUAUCUCCUAGAAAAGUGACUAGCGGUGGAAGUACAGUUCUACACAUAGCAGCAUAUAACGGCAGAUUUAAUUUGGUAGAGUUCAUCAUUGAUCAUAUUCAGGACAUCAUACAUCUUAUUGACGAGUCUGGAAAAUCUGGUUUGCAUUAUGCAGCCGCUGGUGGCAAUGUAAAAGUGUUCAACGAAUUGGUUCAUGCCGGACUUUCUCCACAGGCUACAACUAAAGACGGUAGUACGGUACUGCAUAUAGCUGCAACAAAUAGCCGGAAAGAAUUGGUGCAAUACAUUAUCGAAAAUAAUCCCAUUUUAAUUCCCCAAGAGGACGCAUCAGGUUGGAACGCUUUGCAUGCUGCUGCUGCUGUGGGCUGUAUCGAGGUCGUCUCACUUCUGAUUGAGGCUGGAAUGUCUCCUGGCGUCCCAACACAAAUAGGACGGACAAUCCUUCAUGUGGCCGCCUAUAAAAGUCAAAUCUUGCUAGUAAGGCACAUCGUCAAACAUUACAAGGACAUUAUUCAUAUCACCGACAACACUGGGAAUACGGCAAUGCAUUCGGCGGCGGCUGGGGGGAACGUUGGUGUGUUUAUAGAACUGAUCCAUGCGGGUAUUCCUCCCCAAGCCACCACCCAAGACGGAAGCACACUUUUACAUAUAGCAGCCAACAAUGGGAAGACUGAUAUCGCUCGCUACAUUAUACAAUACAUAAAGGACAUUGUUCCGGUUACAAACGAUACAGGUAGGUCUGCAUUGCACUGUGCAGCAUCAGGAAGGAAUACCGCAGUCUUUGACGAUCUCGUUCGAGCAGGGUUAUCUCCCAGUGACAAGACAAAGGCUGGGAAGACAGUAUUGCAUGAAGCAGCAUACUCCGGGAAGCCUGAUUUCAUCAGAAGAAUUGCCAAGAAGUUUCCUAAAAUUCUACAAAUAACUGACGAAUCAGGGCGAACUGCCUUGCACUAUGUCGCAGCAGGCGGAAAUGUUGAAGCGUUUAAUGCUCUGGUCAUGGCUGGUUUGUCAGCGGGUGACAUUACGAAAGACGGUAGUUCUGUGCUUCACAUUGCUUCAUUCAACGGAAACUUGGAACUUGUAAUACAUAUUGUAGACAACAUUUUAGAAAUAAUUCCGAUGAUUGACUCUAGUGGAAAAACUGCUCUUCAUCACGCAGCUGCUGGUGGAAAUGUAGAAGUAUUCGUCGAACUUCUACAGGCUGGCUUGUCUCCGAAAACCACCACAAAUGAUGGAAGCACCGUCCUUCAUAUUGCUUCCUAUAAUGGUAAACUAGAUCUUGUACAAUACAUCAUUCGAGCUACAAGUGAUGUUCUACCUCUGGCGGACGAGUCGGGGCGAACUGCACUGCAUUACGCCGCCGCUGGUGGUAACGUGGAUGUAUUUAUUGAGCUUGUAGAAGCUGGUCUAUCGCCCAGUUCGAAGACAUCCAGUGGAAGCACCGUCCUUCAUCUAGCGGCAGCUACAGCACAGUUGAACUUGGUAGAACACAUUCUCACUACAAAUCAAAAUUUCAUCUAUUCUACCGACAGCCAAGGCAGAACAGCACUUCAUGUAGCUGCCGGUAAAAAUGGGUCGUCGGAGGUUUUUGACUCUCUUGUCAAAGAAGGGUUGUCUCCCAUGUUGAAAGACAAACAUGGUAACACACCGCUUGAUCUGGCCAAUACUCUUAUCCACCAACACGUAAAGAAAAACCAUGCAGAAUUCCAUGCCUCCUAUCAAAGAAUCAAGACUCCAAGACCGGAGGAUUCAGUUGACGAACAAGAAAAAAUGUCACCUGCGAAGGAAAAAAACAAAAACCAAAAAUCUAAAGCGUGUGUAAUUCAAUGACAUUUUAAAAACGUUCUCAUUUAGACUGAAAACUGUGUUCUGAAAGUUUUGUUAAAAUAGCAUAAAACACUUAAGACAAAACGGUCUUUACACUAUUUCCCAUCUCUCAAUGUCUAUAAAUGUACAUUUUAAGGAUUUACAUAAUGCACGUAAUCCAUAUUAUAUACAAACUCUUAGAAAUCAUUACGAUACAGUAGGACUAGGAUUAUGUGCCAUGUCCCCGUGCUUCAGACGACUGGGUAUACAUGUACUAGGAACGUUUUGUGUUUUGUGUUUAAAGAUUACCAAAGGAGCUGAUAUUACUCUUAUCCAUGCUGCAAUAAUAGUGCAGCUAUAACACCCAGUGGGUCAUGUGACAUUAGAAUUAAAUGAAUUAUAUAUCCACAUUUCGGCUUGAAAAAAUAAAUUGUCGAAACGUAAGUUUUCUGAGUUACAUGAUCAAAAGUAUUUUACAUUUGUUUUUAUUUCAUAUGAGGUUUUAUGAAACUUUUUCGAAGUUUUAAUUUCCGUUCGCCAAGGCUUGCAAAAAUAAAAACUUCAGAAACUAAAUGUUUCAUGAUAUAUCAUAUGAAACGAAGAUCUUAUAUGUAUUGGAUAUCUAUAUGAACAUGUACCAAGCAACAAAACUGUUAUGUAUAGCGAGUGUUUUAUAAAAGCAUUUGAAUCAUUUGUGCCAAAUAGUUGUACAAGUUUUACACUAGUCACGUUAAUUUAGUAAAAUUGAAUGCAAUUAUUCUGACUUUUUAUCGACUUAUUAUAUCCUUCUGUCAAUCAUUAAUCGUCAGAUAAAACGUCCGACUAAUUUCGACUCCACUGAAUAAAUAUUGUACACGUGUAUACCAAAGUAAAAAUGGAUUCUGUGAUGUUUAUUGACACAACAGAUGUGCUGUUUACACUAUGAUCACUUAAUAUCUAUCAUUUACAAGUAUGUUCUGCUGUGAUGUGCCAUUGAUAAUAAUUGUAAUAACUUUUUAUUUCCUGGAUAUUUUUUUGUAAUUAUUAUUUUUAAUCUAUAAGAAUUGUUGUAUUACCUGAGGAGAAACAUAGUUAUCACUGCUGUUGAGGAUGUCCAAGGGACAACUGUAUUAUUGUGUAGGUUAUCUCCCUUACAUAAACAAUUUUCAUAAGUGAAUUCUUUGCUCAAACUUUCACCUAAAUUUGACUGAUAUUUUCACAUGAGAAAAGAUAUUAAAGAAUCUU